CUCUCUAGCCCUUCAGGCCUGGAGUGUCUUGAUCCCUUUCUCCAAGAAUGGGUCUCUGGGGGACGUUUGCCUUCCCCCUCGGGCUCCUGCUUGCUUCCGUGCUCCUGGCGGCUUCAGCCCCAGCCACUCCAGAGUCUCCUGGCUGCAGCAACAAAGAGCAACAGGUCACCGUCAGCCACACCUACAAGAUUGACGUUCCCAAGUCCGCUCUGGUUCAAGUAGAGACUGACCCACAGUCGCUCAGCGAUGAUGGGACAUCUCUCUUGGCUGCCGGGGAGGCUGGAGAGGAGCAGAAUAUCAUCUUCAGGCACAAUAUCCGUCUUCAGACACCGCAGAAGGACUGCGACUUGGCAGGCAGCGUCCAGGACCUGCUGGCGCGGGUGAAGAAGCUGGAGGAAGAGAUGGCAGAGAUGAAGGAGCGGUGUAGUGCCAGCCGCUGCUGCCAGGGAGCCGCCGAUCUGAGCCGCCACUGCAGUGGCCACGGGACCUUCUUCCCCGAGACGUGCAGCUGCCACUGUGAGGAGGGCUGGGAGGGCGCCGACUGCGAGCUGCCCACCUGUCCCGGGGCCUGCAACGGCCACGGGCGCUGCGUGGACGGGCGCUGCGUGUGCGACGAGCCGUACGUGGGCGUCGACUGUGCCUACGGCGCCUGCCCCCAGAACUGCAGCGGCAACGGCGAGUGCGUGCGUGGCGUCUGCCGGUGCUACGAGGACUUCACCGCCGAGGACUGCAGCGAGCGGCGCUGUCCCGGCGACUGCAGUGGGCAUGGCUUCUGUGACACCGGCGAGUGUUACUGCGAGUUGGGCUUUACCGGCCCCGACUGUUCUCAAGUGGUGGCUCCGCAGGGCCUACAGCUGCUCAAGAGCACCGAGAGCUCCCUGCUGGUGAGCUGGGAGCCCUCCAGCGAGGUGGACCACUACCUUCUCAGCUACUACCCUCUGGGGAAAGAGCAAGCUACGAAGCAGGUCCGGGUACCCAAGGAACAGCACACCUAUGACAUCACCGGCUUGCUGCCUGGUACCAAGUACAUAGUCACCCUGCGCAACGUGAAGAAAGACAUUUCCAGCAGCCCUCAGCAUCUGCUUGCCACCACAGAUCUGGCUGUUGUGGGCACUGCCUGGGUCAAUGAAGAGACUGAGACGUCCCUUGAUGUGGAGUGGGAGAACCCUCUGACUGAGGUGGACUAUUACAAGCUUCAGUAUGGGCCCUUAACAGGGCAGGAAGUGACUGAGGUCACUGUGCCCAAGAGCCGUGAUCCCAAGAGUCGAUAUGACAUCACUGGUCUGAAGCCUGGAACAGAAUAUAAAAUCACAGUUGUCCCCAUAAGAGGCGAUCUGGAAGGAAAGCCGAUUCUCCUGAAUGGCAGGACGGAAAUUGAUGGGCCAACCAAUGUGGUCACUAAUCAGGUGACAGAAGACACAGCAUCUGUUUCCUGGGAUCCAGUGAGGGCUGACAUAGACAAGUAUGUGGUGCGCUAUAUCUCCCCCAAUGGGGAGACCAAGGAGAAGGCAGUACCCAAGGACCAGAGCAGCACCGUCCUGACAGGCCUGAAGCCAGGAGAGGCCUACAAAGUCUUCGUGUGGGCUGAAAGGGGCAACCAGGGCAGCAAGAAAGCAGACACCAAGGCCCUCACAGAAAUUGACAGCCCAGAAAACCUGGUGACUGACCGGGUGACAGAGAACUCUCUCUCUGUCUCGUGGGACCCGGUGGAGGCUGACAUCGACAGGUACGUGGUAAGCUACACUUCCGUGGAUGGUGAGAUGAAGCAGGUUCCGGUGAGAAAGGAUCAGAGCAGCACCGUCCUCACCGGCCUGAGUCCAGGUGUGGAGUACAAAGUUUACGUGUGGGCUGAGAAAGGCGAUCGAGAGAGCAAGAAGGCCGACACCAAGGCUCCCACGGACAUUGACAGCCCCAAAAACUUGGUGACUGACCAGGUAACAGAGAACACUCUCAGUGUCUCCUGGGACCCUGUUCAGGCCAGCAUUGACAGGUAUAUGGUGAGCUACACUUCUGCUGAUGGAGAAACCAGGGAGGUGCCAGUGUCUAAGGAGAGAAGCAGCACUGUCCUGACAGGCCUGAGACCAGGCAUGGAGUACAAGGUUCAUGUAUGGGCCCAGAAGGGGACCCAGGAGAGCAGGAAGGCCAACACCAAGGCCCCCACAGAUAUUGAUAGUCCCAAAAACCUGGUGACCAACCAGGUGACAGAGACCACUCUCAGUGUCUCCUGGGACCCAGUAAAGGCUGACAUUGACAGGUACGUGGUGCGCUACACCUCUGUUGAUGGAGAGUCCAAAGAAUUUCUGAUUGGAAAAGAACAGAGGAGCACUGUCCUGACAGGCCUGAGGCCAGGUGUGGAGUACAAGGUGGAAGUGUGGGCCCAGAAAGGGGCCCGAGAGAGCAAGAAAGCCAACACCGAAGCUCACACAGACAUUGACAGUCCUAAAAACCUGGUGACCAAUCAGGUGACAGAAAAUACGGCCACCAUUUCCUGGGACCCGGUGCAGGCUGAUAUUGACAGGUACAUGGUGCGCUACACCUCUGCUGAUGGAGAGACCAGGGAGAUUCCAGUAAGGAAGGAGAAGAGCAGCACCGUCCUCACAGGCCUGAGGCCGGGUGUGGAGUACACUGUCCAAGUGUGGGCUCAGAAGGGGGCCCGGGAGAGCAAGAAGGCCAAAACCAAGGCCCCCACAGAAAUUGAUAGCCCCAAGAACUUGGUAACCAACCGGGUGACAGAGAAUACAGCCACCAUCUCCUGGGACCCAGUGCGAGCCAAAAUUGACAGGUACAUGGUACGCUACACCUCUGCGGAUGGAGAGACCAAGGAGAUCCCAGUGUCAAAGGAUCAGAGUAGCACCAUCCUGACAGGCCUGAAGCCAGGCAUGGAAUAUACCAUUCACGUGUGGGCCCAGAAGGGGAGCCGGGAGAGCAAGAAGGCUGACACCACGGCCAUAACAGAAAUUGACCCUCCUAAAAAUCUUCGUCCAUUUGGCAUAACACAUUCCAGUGGGGUAUUGACCUGGAUGCCCCCUGCUGCUCAAAUUGAUGGCUACAUUCUGACUUACCAGUUCCCAAAUGGCACCGUGAAGGAAGUGCAGCUCCAAAGAGGCCAGCAGAGGUUUGAGUUGGAAGACCUGGAACAGGGCAUCACCUAUCCUGUUUCCUUGGUUGCCUUUAAGGGGGAUCGCCGGAGCCGGAGUGUGUCUACCACGCUUUCUACAGUGGAUGCCCGUUUUCCACACCCCUCAGACUGCAGUCAGGUUCAGCAGAACACGAAUGCUGCCAGUGGCCUCUACACAAUCUACAUAAACGGUGAUGCCAGCCGGCCCAUGCAGGUGUAUUGUGACAUGGACACAGACGGAGGCGGCUGGAUUGUCUUCCAGAGGCGGAACACUGGACAGCUGGAUUUCUUCAAGCGUUGGCGGAGUUACGUAGAAGGUUUUGGGGACCCCAUGAAGGAGUUCUGGCUUGGACUUGAUAAGCUACACAACCUCACCACUGGCACUCCUACUCGGUAUGAGGUGAGGGCAGACUUACAGACUGCCAAUGAGUCCGCCUAUGCUGUGUAUGAUUUCUUCCAAGUGGCGUCCAGCAAAGAGCGGUACAAGCUGUCGGUCGGGAAAUACAGGGGCACAGCAGGCGAUGCUCUUACUUACCACAACGGAUGGAAGUUCACAACUUUUGACAGAGACAAUGAUAUUGCUCUCAGCAACUGUGCGCUGACCCAUCAUGGAGGCUGGUGGUAUAAGAACUGCCACUUGGCCAACCCUAAUGGCAAAUAUGGGGAGACCAAGCAUAGUGAGGGGGUGAACUGGGAGCCAUGGAAAGGACAUGAGUUCUCCAUUCCUUAUGUGGAGCUGAAAAUCCGCCCCUUUGGUUACAGCAGAGACCGUAUCUCUGGCAGAAAGAAACGUUCCAUAGGAGGAAAGGCGAGAAUGUUCUGAAGGCCCAUCUGAGCUGUUGUCACAGGAGAAAAAACAAGCUUGGGGUGGGUUGGGUGGUGGUGACUGGGGAGCUGAAGUCUGAGGGGUGCUCAUUGCCUCUAACGUCUUAGAUUGCUGGGUACCCACAGUGCUAAUGAUGUCAUCACAUGUCAACUUUUAGAGGCUCCUUCCUUGCCAUCUGCAUGUUUGCCAGUCUCUGCUGAGGGCCCCCAAAGUCAACAAUAUUGUAAUUGAACAGUGCAUAUGGAUGUGACACAGUGUUGGAGUCACAAGUUUUUUUUUUUUUUAACCCCAUCCUUAAUGACAGGUGUAUUGGAUUAGGGCGAAAAGAUGAAUCAUUCAGUAGACCACCAACUGGAAAUCUUUAGAAAUCGGUAGGGAUCUCUAUAUGCAUCUGGUAAUAUAGACCUUUAUAGAAAAAAACUAAAGUGAAGUUCUGAGCCCCUAGGGGGUUCAGAGCUGAGGCAGCCUGCUACUUGCUGUCUCCUGGGCCCCUGAUCUUUGGGGGAAAAGUACAAAUCUUACUCCUUUUAAAUUUCUUGUGUGGUGAAGAAUGAAGAGACUACAAAGGGGCCACAAAGUAUUCAUAUUUAGUUAAGUUCUGACUAAUCUCUAGCAUGCUGGAGAGCAAAGCUCCCAUUUCAUUGCUAUUUUAACCACCCCCUUUAAAGACAUUUGUAUAAUCUCUUUCAUAGAUCUGCAUAUGUUGUAAAUAAAUUUGCAGUCAUUUCAGCUUUAAAUAAUCUGUCUCUCUAAAUAACUGGCACCCUCAGUCUUCUCUGAGUUCCCCCCAGGCCCCUCAGCCCUCAGCUUCCCUCCUCACCUGCUCCCCACACUGGAAGCCUCUUCGUGUCAUCUGUUUUGUGUCUUUUGGUAUCAUUUUUGGAAGGUUUUCUGUCAGUGACCGUUGAAGUAAGUUAAAUUCCUAUUCAAGAAA